CAAAAAACAAAAACUCUGUGAACGCCAAUACAUACAGAUACAACUUUAUCGCUAGAUCGCAGUUUACAUUGAUACUAUAAACAGUUAUCGACAGUUUUUCUGUCAAGAAUAUUUGUCAAAGUUAACAAAGUAUUUGGAAUGGAGAUUGAAGAAAUUCAGCCUUAAUGGGAGAAGCUAAAAGGUUACCACAGUUUUUUGCUGCCAUUUCUGUAUGUAUAGGAGCAUUUAGUUUGGGUACCGUAAUAGCAUGGACAGCAAACAUCACAGACGAGUUAAAGGCGGGCAAGCUAAACGACAUUAUAAUGGAUAAUACCCAAUUAGGUUGGGUUGGAUCAUUAAUGCCUCUAGGAGCUGUGAUUGCAUGUUUCCCAGUAGGGUUUCUACAAGAUACCAUUGGAAGAAAAAAAACAGCUUUAUUAACGGUUAUACCAUAUUUGCUCGGUUGGUGUUUAAUUACAUUUGCCAGCAAUGUGGAAAUGGUCUAUGCUGGAAGGUUUUUAAGUGGUGUUGGUGGAGGAAGUUUUUGCGUAGUGGCACCCGUUUACAAUAGCGAAAUAGCCGAAGUUGAAAUUCGAGGAAUGAUAGGAACAUUUUUCCAACUAUUUAUUACCGUGGGCAUUUUAUACGUGCAAGUUCUUGGGUACAUAUUUUCUAUGUUUUGGUAUAAUAUAGCUUGUUUGAUAAUCCCGAUUAUAUUCGGCGUCCUCUUCGUUUUUCAACCCGAAUCACCUGUAACGGAUAUAAAAAAAGGAAAUGAUGCAGGAGCUGAAAAAUCAUUUAACAGAUUAAGAGGGACAGAGUAUGAUCAUUCUGGUGAAGUAAAUGCUAUUAAGAAGGCCAUCGAGGAAGAACGUAAUCGAAAAAAUUUCUUUGAGGCAAUGAAAGCAAAGUCAGCCAAAAGAGCCACCCUUAUUUGCUUAAUGCUGAUGUUUUAUCAGCAAUUAAGCGGUAUCAAUGCCGUUAUGUUCUACGCAUCUAUCAUAUUUAUUGAUGCCGGUUCAACACUGGAAGAUAAACUAUGCACUAUAUCAAUCGGGAUUGUACAAGUGUUUGCUACAGUUGUAUCUGCUUUAGUUGUCGACAGAUUCGGGAGAAAGAUUCUACUUAUAAUUUCGGCAUUUUUUAUGGGAGUGGGUACCUUUUUCCUUGGACUGUUUUUCUCUUUAAAAAACCAUAAGGUUCUUGACAGAGAUUCCCUUGAGACCAUUGGCUGGCUACCGGUCCUUUCACUAAACAUUUUUAUUAUAGCCUUCUCGUUAGGUUUUGGGCCCAUACCAUGGUUGGCCUCCGGUGAAAUGUUCACAGAGGAUAUUAAAGGGAAAUUAAGUGCUACUGCUGCUACUUUCAAUUGGCUACUGGCUUUUGGUGUGACGAAAUUAUACCCAACUUGUGCAGAAAAUCUGGGAAACGAUAUAACUUUCUACUUUUUCACGGCAAUUUUGGUAAGUGCCGUAUUUUUCAUUUUAGCCGGAAUUCCAGAGACCAAAGGAAAAACUGAAGCGGAAAUUAAAGAAAUGCUUGGAGGGGGAUAAAAAGAAUCAAUAGAUGAUUAUGUAAAAAUUAUUUGGAGAAAUAAAAUUAGAAGAAAUUUUAUCUGA